CAGCGGUGCCUUGCGCUGGGCCCCGGCUAGGCCGCGCGGCGGGCGGUAUGGCGGUGGCAGUGCGUGCGCUGCAAGAGCAGCUGGAGAAGGCCAAGGAGAGCCUUAAGCACGUGGAUGAGAAUAUCCGCAAGCUCACGGGCCGGGACCCCAACGAUGUGAGGCCCCCUCAGAACAGACUGCUGGCCCUCUCAGGCCCUGGUGGAGGUAGGGGGCGAGGGAGCUUACUGCUGAGGCGUGGAUUCUCGGAUAGCGGAGGAGGACCCCCAGCCAAACAGAGGGAUCUUGAAGGGGCAUCCAGUAGGCUGGGUGGAGAGCGUCGGACGAGAAGAGAAUCACGCCAAGAAAGUGAUGGAGAGGAUGAUGAUAUUAAAAAGCCAGCAUUACCAUCUUCUGUUGUUGCUACCUCCAAAGAGCGAACACGUCGAGACCUUAUACAAGAUCAAAAUAUGGAUGAGAAAGGAAAACAAAGGAAUCGACGUAUAUUUGGCUUGUUGAUGGGCACUCUUCAAAAAUUUAAGCAGGAGUCCACAGUUGCUACUGAGAGGCAAAAGAGACGACAAGAAAUUGAACAAAAACUUGAAGUACAAGCAGAGGAAGAAAGAAAACAAGUUGAAAAUGAAAGACGUGAGCUGUUUGAAGAAAGGCGUGCUAAACAAACGGAGCUGCGGUUACUGGAGCAAAAAGUAGAGCUUGCUCAGUUGCAAGAAGAAUGGAAUGAACAUAAUGCAAAAAUAAUUAAAUAUAUAAGAACAAAGACAAAACCUCACUUAUUCUACAUACCUGGCAGAAUGUGUCCUGCUACACAAAAGUUGAUGGAAGAAUCACAGAAAAAAAUGAAUGCAAUUUUUGAAAGCAGGCGCAAUGAAUUUGCAGAGCAGAUUAACAAAAUGGAGGCCAGGCCCAGAAGACAAUCUAUGAAGGAAAGAGAGCAGCAGGAGGUGCAGAAUGAAGAAAAGAAGGAAGAACAGAACAAGGAGCAGGAAGAGGGUAAGGUGGUUCAGCAGGUGGAAGAGUUGGAGACAGGUAAUCAGCACAAUGAUGUAGAAAUGGAGGAGGUAGGGGAGGAAAAGGGAAAAAUAGGUUCAGGGCAUAGUGAUGCAGAGAAAGAACAGGAAGAGGAAGAACAGAAACAUGAAAUAGAGAUUAAAAUAGAAGAGGCUGCUGAGGUGAGGGACAAUGACAAGCAACAGGAUGGUCAGCACGAAGAGGUCACAGUUGUAAAAGAGGAAAAUGAAAAUAUUCAGCCAGUGGAUAAUGAGCAGGAUAUGGCUGAAAUGAAUGAGGCAGAUAGUGUAGAACCUGUAGAUAAUGAGAAUGGCAAAGAAGUAGAACCAGAAAUGGAAUGUGAAGCUCAGCCAGAAAAAGUGUGUGAUAUUCCUUCUCCUGAAAAGGAGAAAAUUAUCAAAACAGAAACUGAAGCUGAAGCUGAAGAAAAACAGGAGCAGGCAUCUGAAGCUCAGCCAGAACCCAUGGCUGAGGCCUUAUCUCAGCCGCAGUCUGUGCCACCACCACAGUCACCUCAGUUAUCUCAGUCUGUUCAGGAUACAGAGCUCCAGACAGACAAAGAUGAAAAUGCUGUGGUGUCUGUAAAGGUCGAGGCACAGGCAGAGCAGAAUCAGACACUGAGUGCAGAAAUGAAAAAUAAGACUAGAAGUAGAAGCAGGGGUAGGGCAGGGAACAAAGCUGCUAAGAGCCAUAGUCGCAGCAGCAGCAGCAGUAGUAGCAGUAGUACUUCAAGCAGCACUAGUAGUGGAAGUAGUUCCAGCACUGGCAGCACUAGCAGUCGGAGUAGUUCCAGCAGCAGCAGCACGAGUGGAAGUACCAGCAGGGACAGUAGCAGCAGUAGCUCUACCAGUAGUGAAAGUAGAAGUCGGAGCAGAGGAAGAGGUCAUAACAGAAACAGAAAACGCAGGAGGAGUGCAGAAAGGAAGCGAAGGGAUGCUUCAGGAGUAGAUAGAAGUCACAAGUCCUCGAAAGGUGGGAGUAGAGAUGCAAAAAGUUCAAAGGAUAAAAGUUCAAGAUCUGACCGAAAGAGAUCUAUAUCAGAGAGUAGUCGGUCAGGCAGGAGAACUUCACGGAGUGAAAGAGACCGUAAAUCAGACAGGAAAGACAAAAGGCGUUAACAGAAGAGACCAAGCUUCCUUAGUCUAAUCUUUGCAGCAGAAGAUUAUUUGAGCGAAAGGAUUCCGUGUAAGGAGGAGGAGAAGGCUGCCUUAAGAAUUGCAUGCUGUAAAAAAUCUUUUGGAAAAAUGCAGACUGUUUACCAGGCAUUCUUGUACUUUUUACAUAAUUUUGUAAAAGGUUACCUACCAAAAUUAUGUGAAGUUCCUGAAAAUGUAAAAAUAAAAAAUUAACACUC